AUGGGUUCUAUGUGGCAACUGGCCGUCUGCGCCUUUUACCGUCAAGUCUACAAGGCUGACUACUGGAGGCAUGCCAAAGCCCUUCACGAGAAAUAUGGCCCAGUCGUGAGGGUCGGGCCCAACGAGCUUUCGUUUUCAUCGGCCCAAGCCCUGGAUGAUAUCUACGGUGUCAAGACCAAAGGCAAGCUUGAGUUUCCCAAAGAUGCAGUCUUCUAUGAUGUUCGGGGCACGCCACUCAACGACUCCAUGAUCUCGGCCGACCAACCCUCACAUCGCGCGUUGCGUCGCCAAGUCGCGCCCGCCUUCUCUGAAAAGGCUCUCAAGGCCCAGGAACCCAUCAUCCAGAGAUACGCCGACAUGAUGAUCUCGGAGCUCCGUGAUAGGGUCCAGGAAGACGUCGACAUUGUUGACUGGGUCACGUUCGCUACUGCCGAUGUGAUGGCAGACCUGUCUACCGGCGAGUCGCUGUACUGCAUGGAGAAGGGUGAGAUGGAUCCCUUUGUCGACAUGGUCUUGAAUGUCUCCCCCUUUAUUGGCCUUCUACAGCUGUUCAAUAGGCUGCCCUUGACAAGACUCCUGUACAAGAUGGUGUCAAGUCAGAAGGGCCUGAAAACGUGGCUUGAGACAGUAGACAUCGUCACGCAGAAAGCCGAAAAGCGGGAGAAGAUGGGCAACGAUCGGCCCGACUUCAUGACGAUGAUCUGGGCGGAGAACGACGACCGGGAGUCAUGGACUAGGGAUAAGAUCAUCAACUUUGCUCAGCUUCUUUUCUUCGCCGGAAGUGAGACGUCAGCCACGACUUUGUCCGUGGUCAUGUUCCAUCUCCUGACUACUCCUCACGCCUACAAGAGGUUGACUGACGAGAUUCGAAACAUCGGAAGUGACGAAGAGAUCACCAUCUCUAGACUCGCGACCAUGGAGUAUUUGACAGCCUGCAUCGAUGAAGGCAUGCGCAUGCGCCCUGUUGUUGCCGCAGUCAUUCCGAGAGUUGGACCGCCUGGUGGAGGCAUGGUGGAUGGACACUUCAUACCUGAGGGGACUACCGUGGGUGUACCGCAAUGGGCAACUCAUCACAUGGACUCCAACUUCUUUGAGGCCAACUCCUACUUGCCAGAGAGGUGGUUGAAGUCUUCGGCCGACGACCCCCGCUUUGCCGCAGACCAGAAGGGUGCCUGUCAACCUUUUGCUAAGGGGCCCAGAAAUUGCCUGGGAAAAGGCUUUGCGUAUGGAAUGAUGCGCAUGUUCCUGGCGAAGCUGAUAUGGCACUUCGAUAUCGAGCUUAAACCGGAAGAUCGUGACUGGGACGUGAAGCCAACCUUCACUUCCGUUGUGUUCUGGGCCAAGCCCAAGAUGCAUGUCAAACUGACCCCAGUUCAGAGGUAG